GUGUGGGGAGAGGACUGUGGAUUUAGAUACUCUUUUCCUCCCGAAAUAGGAACUUGGGUCUUAUUUUUUUCCUACUCAACAGCAUCUUAAUUUAAAAUAUGACACUUGACCUACGGCCCUGCAGGGAGCGGUUAAGAGGGUGAGAGGCCCGUUAAGCUCUUUUUGGUACUUAGGCGCCCUCCUCGGGGCGGUGGGUUGGGCGGGCCCAGGUCAAGGCGCGCGUGGGCGGAAGCGGCGGCGGCGGCGGCGAAGGCGGCGGCUGUCAGAGCUGGAGGGGCCGGGCACAGCGGAUAUGGAGGGACAGCGCUGGCUGCCGCUGGAGGCCAAUCCUGAGGUCACCAACCAGUUUCUCAAACAAUUAGGUCUGCAUCCUAACUGGCAAUUCGUCGACGUAUAUGGAAUGGAUCCUGAACUCCUUAGCAUGGUACCAAGACCAGUCUGUGCAGUAUUACUUCUCUUUCCUAUUACAGAAAAGUAUGAAGUAUUCAGAACAGAAGAGGAAGAAAAAAUAAAAUCUCAGGGACAAGAUGUUACACCAUCAGUAUAUUUCAUGAAGCAAACAAUCAGCAAUGCCUGUGGAACAAUUGGACUAAUUCAUGCUAUUGCAAACAAUAAAGACAAGAUGCACUUUGAAUCUGGAUCAACCUUGAAAAAGUUCCUAGAGGAAUCUGUGUCAAUGAGCCCUGAGGAACGAGCCAGAUACCUGGAGAACUAUGACGCCAUCCGAGUUACUCAUGAGACCAGUGCCCAUGAAGGUCAGACUGAGGCACCAAGUAUAGAUGAAAAAGUAGACCUUCAUUUUAUUGCGUUAGUUCAUGUAGAUGGGCAUCUCUAUGAAUUAGAUGGGCGGAAACCAUUUCCAAUUAACCAUGGUGAAACUAGUGAUGAAACUUUAUUAGAGGAUGCCAUAGAAGUUUGCAAGAAGUUUAUGGAGCGUGACCCUGAUGAACUAAGAUUUAACGCGAUUGCUCUUUCUGCAGCAUAGCUUGUCAAUAAUGGAAAUACCAAAUACUGUAUUAUUUGCAACAAAAUUUAAAUUUUCUCUGCCAUACACUAACUCAAAAAUUUUGAUAUUUUCAUUAACUCGAUGAUUAAACUUUAUGUGAAUUAAACUUUGACUUAA